AUGUAAAUAUUAAAAAAAUUCACAGAUUCUAAAUCAGCUUAAAUAGGAUUAGUUGUUGCCUUGGGUUUGAGUGGAGUUAUUUUUGGUUAUCAUAGAUAUGAGAAAUAAAGGCAAUCAAGAAUAAUUCUUAAUGAAAAUAAUCCAUUAGCUUCUUAAAAUGAGUUUGGAUAGAAUCGAUUUUUAACAGAAAAAGGAGCUUUAUAAAGAUGGGGUUAAUUAAUAUAAGGAAGUAUAUCUUAUAAAGUAGAUUUAUUAUUGAAGAAAGGUAUUGAUAAUUAAUAUUAUGUAGGUGAAUCAUAUAGUGGUUUAGUAACAUUGGAAUUUGAUUUGAAGAAUAGUUUGAAUGAUUUGUAUGUUGAUUACAGAGGAUAGAAAGUUGUGAGUUUGUAUGUAAAUGGAAAUAAGAUAAAUAAUUUGGAAUGGAAUGGAUUGUUUAUUAGAAUACCAAGGGAAUUAUUAAGUACAGCACAAAAAAAUAGAGUGAAUAUAUAGUUUGAUUAAAAUUAUGCUAAAGAUGGAUGUGGAUUACAUGGGUUUAUAGAUAAGGAUGGGAAAUAAUAUUUAUAUAGUUAAUGUGAAUCUUAUUUUACAAAUAGAUUGUAUAUUAAAUUUAAUAAAUUAGUUUUCCAUGUAUGGAUUAACCUGAUUUAAAAGCUAAAUUGAGAUUUACAGCAGUUUGUCCAAAAGAGUGGGUAGUAAUUUCAAAUGAAAAUGCUGAUUAAAAUGGANUUUUAAAUUAAGCUUUUUAAAAAUUCAUUUAAAUUGAUAACUUAUUACUUAUUUACAAUUAAGAUUUUGGAAGAUAAAAAAAGGAAAAAUAAAUAGAGGACAAUUUGAAAUGAUAUAUAGAAUAAGAAAAUUU